AUUGAGAAAAAUAAAUAAAUAAACGGUCAAGAUGAAGAUUACGUUAAAGCCACAGCAGCAAUUAAACAGCACAUUCCAAGCCAAAGAAGGGGUAGCAAAAAUGGCGGCCGGGGCUGCUGCUGCUGCUGCAGCGGCUUUAGCACCGGCCGCUCCUCUCCGGUUCAAGCCCUACUCUACUGUCUGUAUACUUUCCUUCUAUUCCAAAAACCUAACAUCUCGUAGCCUUUUCCCGCCAAUUCCUCGCCGGCCGUUCCCAUUCCACUCAUCCAUUCCUCGGAAACGAUGCUUCCUCUCCGUUAUUUGCAGGCUACAGUCCGGAGAAAGGACAAAAACGGAAUUCCAAGAAAAGAAAGUCGGCGAAACGAGGAAUACAGUGGGCGAGUUUAGGAAGAAGCUCAAAAUCGCCCACAUCAAAGGAGGACCCGAUGAAGGUUUGGAUCGGGUCGGCCAAACUAUGGUGGUUAUGGGUUGGGUACGGACUCUUCGGGUUCAAAGCAGCGUUACAUUCCUUGAGGUAAAUGAUGGUUCAUGCCUUUCAAACAUGCAAUGCGUGAUGAAUUCGGACGCUGAAGGCUACGAUCAAGUGGAAUCUGGCUUGAUUUCUACUGGUGCAUCUAUACGGGUGCAAGGGACUUUGGUGGCUAGCCAAGGAUCAAAGCAGAAAGUGGAAUUGAAGGUUGAAAAAGUUGUUGUGGUUGGAAAAAGUGAUCCUUCCUAUCCCACAAAGAAAAGGGUCUGCCGAGAAUUUUUGAGAACUAAAGCUCAUCUUCGUCCUAGAACAAACACGUUUGGUGCGGUUGCACGAGUGAGGAAUGCUUUGUCUUAUGCAACGCAUAAGUUUUUCCAAGAAAACGGUUUUGUGUGGAUCUCAAGUCCUAUCAUUACAGCAUCAGAUUGUGAAGGAGCUGGUGAACAGUUCUGCGUUACUACUUUGAUUCCAAGCUCCAAAGAAGCCGCUGAUUCUCCUCUGAGUGCCAUUCCAAAUACAAAGGAUGGAUUAAUUGAUUGGUCACAGGAUUUUUUUGGCAAACCAGCGUUCUUGACAGUUUCAGGCCAACUUAAUGCUGAAACAUAUGCUACCGCUCUUUCGGAUGUGUAUACAUUUGGACCCACAUUUCGAGCUGAAAACUCGAACACAUCUAGGCACUUGGCUGAAUUUUGGAUGAUUGAACCAGAACUUGCUUUUGCUGAUCUGAAUGAUGACAUGGCUUGUGCAACUGCAUAUCUCCAGUAUGUAGUGAGACACGUGCUUGAUAAUUGCAAGGAAGACAUGGAAUUUUUCAACACUUGGAUCGAGAAAGGGAUCAUUAAUCAACUGAAUGAUGUGGCUGAGAAAGACUUUGUGCAGUUGACUUAUACUGAUGCCUUUGAACUUCUUAUAAAAGCAAAUAAGAAAUUUGAAUUUCCGGUGAAAUGGGGAUGUGAUUUGCAAAGUGAGCAUGAACGUUACAUAACUGAAGAGGCAUUUAAUGGGUGCCCUGUUAUAAUCAGGGACUAUCCAAAGGAGAUCAAGGCAUUCUAUAUGCGGCAAAAUGAUGAUGGGAAGACUGUAGCAGCGAUGGAUAUGUUGGUACCUCGGGUUGGUGAGCUCAUUGGUGGAAGCCAAAGGGAAGAAAGGCUUGAUUAUCUGGAAAAUCGUUUAGACGAGCUGAAGCUUGAUAAGGAUAGCUUCUGGUGGUAUCUUGAUCUGCAGCGUUAUGGUUCAGUUUCUCAUGCGGGCUUUGGACUUGGCUUUGAAAGACUAGUGCAGUUUGCCACUGGAAUUGAGAAUAUAAGAGAUGCAAUACCUUUCCCAAGGACUCCUGGUUCAGCUGAAUUUUAAUGUUGCAGCUAAUUUAGAAUUUUCUCUUUUUUUUUUUUUUUUCUCUUUCAGCAGUUUUGAGGUUCUUUCUUUUCCUUCCUCGAUACAGUUUUUAUACUAAAGUCUGGAGCUCCCAUCUCCGUUUGACAUAUAUUUUUGUAAAUAAAAAAAAAGGUUAUAUUGAA